AUGUUUUUCCUCCCCACCAUAUUAUUUUCAUUUACUACAGUUGCCAGUUUCACUUUUCUCUCAUUCUCAAGUGCCACUCCAAGACAAAUCCAAGUACCUGGUUCAAUACUCAUUGGAGGCCUAUUUCCAAUACACGAGAGUAGCAGAAAUACUUCUGGUUCUACUCUUUGUGGGCGGAUCAAGGCUGAUCAGGGAGUUCAACGGAUGGUGUCUAUGCUAUAUGCAUUGGAACAAAUCAACAAAAACCAUCGUAUUCUGCCUGGGAUUCAAUUGGGAGCACAAAUUUUAGACUCAUGUUCUGUGGAAACCCAUGCAUUGGAACAAAGUUUACUAUUUAUCCAGUCUGUAUGUGCAGAAGGAGAACAACAAUAUUUUAAUGAAAAAUUAUCUUUAAUAUCUGAACAAAAUAAUAAAGGGAGAAAAAUAGCUGCAGUUAUAGGGGCUGCUUCUUCUCAAGUCUCAGUUAUGGUAUCAUCAAUGCUACAACUUUUUAAAAUUCCUAUGGUCAGCUAUUCUUCAACGGGCGUUGAAUUAAGUGAAAAGCCUCGUUUUGCUUAUUUUUCCCGUGUCGUGCCUCCAGACAAUUUACAGGCUAAAGCUAUGGCACAUCUAGUCGCCGCUCUAGGCUGGAAUUAUGUCCAUGCAAUUGUAGAUACUGGAAGUUACGGGGAAAGGGGAAUGGAUAGUUUUCGAGCUGCUGCUACAGAUUUGAACAUUUGUAUAGAUGGAGAUGUUCAUAAAAUAAGUAGAAGAUGGACUGAUGAACAAUACGAAGAAUUACUUUUACGAAUGAGAAAUUCAAAAGCUAGAGGUGUUGUUAUGUUUGUGGAUGAAGAUAAUUUGCGUCGUUUUCUUUCUAAUCUUAAAAGGCUGAUAAUACUUUCAGAAAAGACUAAGCCUUAUAUGCCUAGACUUAGAAAUUAUUUUUGGUUCGUAGCAAGUGACAGUUGGGGUGUAAAAGUUUCUGUGGUAAAAGGAUUUGAACAUAUUAUCAACGGAGCAAUAACUGUUGCCCCAAAAGUUAGGUAUCUUCAAGGUUUUGCUGAAUAUUUUGCAGCAUUGGGACCUUCAAAUACUUUUCUUAGUGAAUAUUGGCAAUUUAUGAAUUGUUCAGAACAUUUCCAUCCAAACUUUGGGUCUUGUUUCAAAACCCAAAGUCAUUAUUUUAAACAAGAAGCUUAUGUUCCUUUUGUUUAUGAUGCUGUUCAGUUAGUAGCUAAAGCUUUGCAUAAUUAUAUAAAGGAGAAUUGCGGUUUUGAUGGUCAAUGGGAAAAUUGUGAAUUGGCCAAAAGUGGUUUCGAUGGUAAAAAACUACAAAAACUUUAUCGAAAUGUUUCGCUUAUAGAUGGCCAACCACCCCUUAUUGACGCUAAUGGUGACGGAAAUGGGCAAUACAGUAUAUUUCAGUUGGACGAAAGAGGACUUUAUCGAAGAGUUGGUGGUUGGAUAGAUAACGAACUUAUUGACCUGGAUGUGGCAGAUAUCCGAGCCGGGCUUCAGCGUAUUGUAACUUCAACUGGAACUAUUGAGGAAGACAUAAACUAUAUUCCUCUUUCGGUUUGCAGCCUACCCUGUGCAGAAGGCCAUUAUAGAGCUUAUCAAGAUCAAAGUUGUUGUUGGACUUGUAUUCCUUGCGAUACAAUGCCUAAUGCAGAAUUAAGUAUUUGUGAGCCUAUAAGACCAAUACAUUUGGAUUGGGAUAGUCCUUGGGCCUUUGUUCCUGCCAUUUUUUCUGGUAUAGGUUUGCUGGCUACUUGUGCAGUGACUGCCGUAUUUAUUCGAUACAAUUAUACACCUGUGGUAAUGGCUUCUGGCCGUGAAUUAUGUUAUUGUAUGUUGGCCGGAAUUGCUUUAUGUUAUGGAGUUACUUUUGUUUUGGUCAGUCCCCCAUCAGAAUUGGUGUGUACUUUAACAAGAAUACUUAUCGGUUUAUCAAUGGCAACUGUUUAUGCAGCAAUUCUUGUAAAAACCAAUAGAUUAACACGCGUGUUUAAGCCAAAUAGCGCUUUAAGGCCAAAAUGGAUUGGGCCUACUGCACAAGUUUUCUUUUGCGCAAUCCUUGCAUCUGUACAGCUUGGAAUUGCUCUAGUUUGGAUUUGGUUGGAACCACCCGGAACUGCUAUUCAAUAUCCAUCGCGUACUGAAGCUGUUCUAACAUGCAAAGCUACACUUUCACAUUUACUUAUUUCACUUUUCUAUUGUGGAAUUCUCAUAAUUGCUUGCACAAUUUAUGCAUUUAAAACACGCGAAAUACCUGAGAAUUUUAAUGAAACUCGACUUAUUGGAUUUACAAUGUAUUCAACUAGCAUACUUUGGCUAGCAUUUGGACCUAUUUAUUUUGCUACACAGAAUAACUUUCGAAUCCAACUCACUUCACUAUGUAUUACCAUUUCAUUAAGCGGAACAGUUGCUUUAACCUGUUUCUUUGCACCAAAGGUUUAUAUCUGCCUGUUUCAACCUUACAAAAAUGUGAGAACACGAAGUUCUGCAGUAGGGAAAUUAGUGAAUCAACAAAUGCGUUUUAUUAGGUAUUUUCAAUUUUUUAAUUUUAUGUGAGUGAUUUGCGGUGUUUUUUGAAUAACUAAUAAAAAAACCUCUAGACACCAAACCUUUAGACACCAAAGUCG